AUGCCAACAAUAGUCAUCAAAGAUUAUACUUGGCGUCAGUGUUCAGAAUUCGUGAUAUUAAACGUACCUUUGAGGGGUCAUCCGAAAAAGGUUGACUUGUUUGUAAUUGAUAAUUAUGCGAAGGUGAGUUUUCCACCGUACAUAUUGGAAUUAUUUCUUUGGGGUAAUAUUGUCGAAGAUAAAAGUAAAUGCACUCUAACUGAAGAAGACGCGAUACUUACUCUGCGCAAAACAAAUAUCGAUAUAGAAUGGCCUACCCUCGAAGUACAAAAUAUCGACAAAGAUUUCAAGCGAGACUGUCGAAAUCAAGCUUUAGAGAGUGCUCAUAAGCUUGCCGAGGAAAGAGCAAAAUUUAAAAGGGGUAACAAACACUGCUCUGAAGAUUCCGAAUCAGACUGCAAAGAUCGAUCGGGUUGCAAGAAAAAGGAAUCAAACGAAAAACAAUACGAGGAAAAGCAAAAAGGCAGACCAGGAAUGGAAGCUGUAAAAGCCGCGAUAAAUGGUAACUUCUUGAGGAGAAAUAAUAUAUUUGACGUACCUUCGAAGUCGGUCCCAUUACCGAGGAAAAUGGGUACAAUUAACGUGACAUUUUCGGAUCGGAAGUUCCCAACACCCGCUAGAGAAAGCUCUCGCGUCGAAGAAGAAGAAUGGUUACGAAAACAGAAAGAAGCGAGAGAAAAAAUUGGAUUCGAUGCGGCAGAUCUGAGACCGGAAGAACGUGAUCCACAGUGGUUAAAAGAUAAGGGAGACGAAUUUUUCAAAGUUGCAAACUAUCUGGCAGCCAUAAGCGCUUAUUCAUAUGGGAUUAAGAUUAGCGAGAAAAUGUCAUCUCUCUAUGUGAAUAGAUCAGCGGCGCAUUACGCGUUGGGAAAUUAUUGCAGAUGCAUAGAAGACUGUUCUAAAGCACUGGAACUAAUGGAACCAAAAUGUGAGAGCAAUCGAGAAUCAAGAGCCAGGUGUCACGCUCGACGAGGCGCGGCACUUUGUAAAUUGUCCGCACCUCAGCAUGGUAUUCCCGAGCUAGAAGCUGCCCUGGAAUUAACACCGAACAAUGAAAGUAUAAAACGUGACGUGUUGGCCGCGAAACAAUACUUCGACAUAAAAGACUAG